AGUGAUCUGAGCUCUGAAUGUGCAACCUAAUUCCACACACAGAGCAGUCCUCUGCUCUUAUCAACUCAACACAGCCUGUGAAGCCCUCACUGCAACUAUGUGCUUUACCGCAGUCAUGAGGUGCAAAUUCUCUUUUUGGGCCAUAUUUCUAGAAGUUGUUAUAAUUGUUUUAUUUGUAUUUUUUGUUGAAUAUGAGACAACCCAGCAAGUCAAUGCUACAACAUCAACAAAGACGGACGAAUUUUUUCAGUUGUAUCCCUUAUUCCAAGAUGUGCAUGUCAUGAUAUUUGUUGGGUUUGGUUUCCUCAUGACCUUUCUGAAGAAAUAUGGCUUCAGUGGUGUUGGUUUCAAUCUUUUUCUUGCUGCUCUGGGCCUUCAGUGUGGUACAUUUGCACAGGAACUCCUUCACAACAAAGGGAAAAAAUUUCACAUUGGAAUCAAAACUAUGAUAAAUGCAGACUUCAGUACAGCCACGGUUCUGAUUUCUUUUGGCGCUGUCCUCGGAAAGACAAGCCCCGUCCAAAUGUUGAUCAUGACAGUUCUAGAAAUUGCUGCCUUUGCUGGCAAUGAAUAUCUGGUUACUGAAAUAUUUAAGGCCUCUGACACUGGGGCAUCCAUGACAAUCCAUGCUUUUGGGGCCUAUUUCGGCUUAGCUGUAGCAGGCGUCUUAUAUCGCCCUGGCCUCCGCGGGGAACACAAAAACGAGGAGUCUGUGUAUCACUCUGACUUAUUUGCCAUGAUUGGAACACUUUUCCUUUGGAUAUUUUGGCCCAGCUUUAAUUCAGCCAUUGCUGAACCUGGAGAGAAGCAGUAUAGGGCCAUUAUCAACACAUACUUGUCCCUUGUUGCCUGUGUGAUCGUAGCCUAUGCCUUGUCCAGCCUUGUUGAACGCCGAGGAAGGCUGGAUAUGGUUCAUGUUCAGAACGCCACUCUGGCAGGAGGUGUCGCUGUGGGCACAUGUGCGGACAUGAAAAUCCCCCCCUACGCUGCUAUGACCAUUGGAAGCGUUGCAGGCAUCAUCUCGGUGCUUGGAUACAAGUUCCUUAGUCCACUGUUAGCUAAUAAACUGAUGAUCAGAGAUACAUGUGGAGUCCAUAACCUGCACGGCUUACCUGGUGUGUUGGGAGGCCUUGUCAGCAUUGGGGUCGUAUACUGGGAAAAGUCUAAUUUGUCUGUGGUGGCUAUGCAGGCGGCAGCACUGGGUUCCUCCGUUGGCUCAGCAGUUGUUGGAGGCUUGGUUACAGGUCUACUUAUGAAGUUAUGUAGCUGUGAUCAGCCCCCUGAUGAGGACUGCUACGAUGAUUCUGUUUAUUGGAAGGUUCCCAAGUUCAGAGAACUUGACCAUCUCUUCUUUCAACACGUGAAUCACAAUCACUUGGAGCAUGAAGUCUAAACGCCGUUCUGAAACUCUGCGUCCUCUGCAUUAUUAUCAAGAAGAGUCAAGCUGAAACAAACAAAAUGUAGUAUCCAGAGACACAGGGCCAGCAAUAGAUACAUUCCAGGCUCCAAAUGGCCAGUGUAGAAAUGCCUUUAUAUUUGGCAUUAUUCCUUGAUGUUCAAAUGAUUUCUCAAUUGACAGGAAAUUGCCCAUAAAACGGACCAUCAAUUGGGUUCUAUCCCGGACUCUAAGAAUGACUUUGCACGUGGCUAGUUGCAUAGGAAAUAUUUGCAUUCUUGAUAUUAUGCAAAAGAGAUAGAUUUACAUAGAAACUAACACUCCUUAAUCGUGUAAGCCUUCAUCCACAUUUUAGGUUAGCGUACAAUAAUAGUUUUCAUCACUGCGUCUUUAUGCACAUGUGUCAUUAUUUUGCUCUUGUUUAUUCCAUUACCUGCUGCACUCCUCGUGAUUACUACCCUGCUCCAGCUGGGUCCCUUUCCUCCCCCAGUUAGAUAUGGCUCAUUUUAUUACAUGUGUUCCAUCACCAUCCCUUUAGCUUCUUAAUGUACAUACCAUGUCUUCAGUUCCAAAAAGUAUAAAGCUGAAGUCAAUAAAAUGACAUAUUAAAGAAUCAAUACUAGGAAAAUGAAGUUCUUGUAAAUAAAGCAUAAUACUAAUGUUCUAGUUAGAGCCUUUUUAAAUCCUAAAAACAGUCAUAGUAAUAUGACACUGUUGCUGUGUGUUCUUAUUCUUAAUUCCUUUUUAUGGUUAUUAUUUGUAGUAAGCACUUAAAAGCUAUCUGUAUAAAAUUUUGAAUAAUUAAAUAUUGUUA